AAACACCCCAUCUGAUAGAUUUCCCGAACCUUACAUGUGGGGAGGCGACUUCUUGAAGGUUUACCGAUGCUGAGCAACAGAAAUCCGGGCUACUGAAUGGCAGUGACAGCAAAAUAACACUUCUUUGUUCCCAGUUAGUGUAGUCUGGAUUUUACAUCUCCAGAUAUGGAAUAAACUUUGAAGUAGUAUAGUGAUGAUUCUCCAACACUUGAGAACUAGAUUCAGAGCUACAAGCCUCUGCCUUCCAAGUUCACAAGUACAACAAUAUCUAAAUAUCAAUAAAAGAUGUCUGAAUACUAGGUUAAUUCAUGGUCGAAGAAGGGUUGUUGUCACAGGUAUAGGAUUAGUAUCUCCUCUUGGUGUUGGAACCCAGUUGGUUUGGAACAAUCUUCUCCAAGGAAAUUGUGGGAUUGUUGCCCUUGAAGGGGAAGAAUAUGCUUCUGUCCCUUGUAAAGUUGCUGCUUGCGUGCCAAAAGGGGUUGAUGAAGGUCAGUUCCAUGGAGAAAAUUUUAUAAUAAAAUCAGACAGCAAAGCUAUGUCUUCUGCCACCAUCAUGGCCAUAGGCGCUGCUGACCUAGCAUUAAAAGAUUCUGAUUGGUCUCCGCAAUCUGACCAGGAUAGUUUGAAAGCUGGUGUGGCUAUAGGAAUGGGAAUGGUUCCACUGGAAGAUAUCUCCGAUACAGCCUUGAUAUUCAAAACAAAAGGCUACAGCAAAGUCAGCCCAUUUUUUGUUCCAAAGAUUUUGAUCAAUAUGGCAGCAGGUCAUAUUAGUAUCAAACAUCAAUUAAAAGGACCAAACCAUUCUGUGUCCACUGCUUGUACCACUGGAGCACAUGCUGUCGGAGACGCUUUUCGAUUUAUAACUCAUGGUGAUGCUGAUAUGAUGUUGGCUGGAGGAACGGAAGCUUGUAUUAGCCCAUUGUCUCUGGCUGGAUUUGCCAGAGCUCGGGCUCUGAGCACUAGCUUUAACUCCAACCCUCAAAAAGCUUGUCGUCCAUUCCAUCCACUAAGAGAAGGAUUUGUUAUGGGAGAAGGUGCUGCAGUUUUGGUUUUGGAAGAAUACAUGCAUGCUAUCCAGAGAGGAGUCAAACCAUAUGCAGAAAUUUUAGGCUAUGGACUGUCAGCUGAUGCCUGCCACAUUACAGCACCUGAUCCAAAUGGAGAUGGAGCUUUAAGGUGCAUGUCUGCAGCAGUCAAAGAUUCUGGGAUUUCUCUAGAAGAUAUAACAUACAUCAAUGCUCAUGCCACCUCCACUCCACUAGGAGACGCUGCAGAGAAUCAAGCUAUCAAAGACCUUUUUAAAGGUCAUGCUUCUGCUCUUGCAGUCUCCUCAACUAAGGGAGCAACAGGUCAUCUCUUGGGUGCUGCAGGAGCUAUUGAGGCAGCUUUUACUGCUUUAGCUUGUUACCAUAGAAUUUUGCCACCUACUUUAAAUCUGGAUCAGACAGAGCCACUAUUUGAUCUCAAUUAUGUUCCUCUAGUACCACAAGAAUGGAAAAGUAAAAAGCGGCUUAUUGCUCUCAGUAACUCCUUUGGUUUUGGUGGAACUAAUGCAUCGUUGUGUUUUGCCAGUAUUUAAUCUUGCAAUCUCUAUAUGUAAGUACUAUGUUCCCUCCUCCAUUUAACCUAUCAACCAAAUAUAAGUAUAAAUGUAAAUCAUUUGUUUAUUUUUUAAUUCACAUCUUUUUUGUUUUUUUGAAUGCUUUCCUUCAACUGAAUUUCUGAAGAUUAGAACUUCUUCAUUAAAAGGAUGUGAAAGGUUUCAAAUUCAGAACUUUUUGAAUUUGUAAUACCCUAUGGGGUUGAAACAGUUGAAACAGAAAAUUUGAAGUGAGUGAACACCUACUCUGAAUCAAAAAGGAAAUUCAGGUUAUUUUAUCCCAUUUUUAUUUUGCCUUAAAGUGUAAUCCACAAGUCAUGUAUUUAGGUUAGGAGGCCAAAUAAAAUUUAUUAAGUAAAUAAAUAAAUAAAUAAAUAUUCCCUGCAUUUCUGUGCCACAUUUAUGCACACUAAAGAGAAAGAUAGCUUCUUCAUUUUUUUAGUUACCUAAACUUUAGUUACCUAUUCUUUUGUCUACUUCUUAUUUCCUUCUAUUGUAUAACAUUUUUGAUCUGAUUAUUUUCUUCCUUUAUGAGUGGUUGGUUUGGUGAAAAGCCCUGGAAUUUGCUUUUCUAAGCAAAUAAAUUUAAUUAGAGGAAUUAAUUCAAUUUGCUAAAUAUCAGUGUUUUGUGUAUUGUCUAUAAUAGGUAGUUUCAUAUCAUAAAAUGUCUUAAUAACCCAACUUCAUAGCAAUGAUAAAAGGAAAAUUUUUAAACAAAUGUAAUAUUGAAAAUGCAGUGAUAGAAACAUGUAUCAUGUAAUAUAAUGUAAAAUAAUUUGUUUUUAGUUUAAACGAGUAAUGAUAAUAAUGCCUAACAUCUAGACUAACAUAAAAAGUUUAAGAUUGUAUAUUUUUUUGUAUAUAAUUUGUAUAUAAUUGGGGAAGAUAUUGAAAUAGUAUGUUAUCAUCUAAAUUAAAAUCCUAAUAUCUUCAAUAUCUAGAGUAAAAUGUAUGGAAUUGCAGAAAAUAAUUUCUAAAUAUAUAAAACUAAAUAGCUGUCUUAAGAAAGUGUCCUUGUUUACAUAUAGUGCUACUAUAUAGUCUAUUGAAUGGCACUGGAUUUAGUUACAGCAAAGUUAAGGCAAAAGCUACCCAUUCUCUUGUUUCAGAAACAAAUUUAAAUUCUUGUUAAGCUUGAUGCAUCUGUUCUCAAAGCCUAUGACAACCUUUGUACAUCUUUUUUUUAAAAAACUUUUUGAAUCAGUUUUUCACUCCUUAUGAGUGAAAUAAUUAUUGACUCACCUUGUGGUGGUGGCACCAGCAGCCCCACCCAACAGGAGCCUGCUGCUGGCUCACUUCUUCUGUGGCUGCUUGCCACCACUCACACACAUCGCCCUGGCCUCUGUUUCACCUUCAGAUACCUGCUGGAUUGAUCCAGAGCUCUGUUAUUGGCUGUAGAUGCCUUCCGGAAAGCCCUCUGCAGCCGAUAAUAGAGCUCAGGACCAAUCCGGAAUUCUGUUAUCGGUUGCAGGCAAAAUGAAGGCCAGGACGAUAUGUAUGAGUGGAGGCAAGUGGCCGCAGAAGAAGGUGAGGCAGGUGUCGGGGUGUGCGAGGCCUGGUAAGUAGGGAAGCUCCAUUCCCCCAUCCCCAUCCUAGCUUAUUUUUUACCUGGGUGCCUCACCCCAUUCCUGCACCCCAGGUGGGCGAAGUUUUAAUUUGGGCUAAUUUUGUAGGUGGGGCUUAAUUUGCAUGCACUGAAAAACGUGAUAGGGUUUCUUUUCAAGUGGCUUGUCCUUUUGGAGAAACACGGUAUCUAAAUGGCCAUAAUAUAGAGCAGGUAACCACGUUCAAAUACCAGGCUACUGGUUCAAGAAAAGCACAUGAUGAAUAUACAGCUGCCUUGGUUCAAAGAUCAGCAAGUGCCAUCCUUAAAUUUUUCUGCACAAAGGGAGGAUACUAUGUUCCUGCUGCAAUUAAGCUUUUUCUGGCCAAGUCACUAGCACAACUUCCUUAUGGGACCUUGCUCGGACCCUCAGUUUCGUGUUUCACACCAUUGGAAAAAGUUCAAUCCAAAUUUAUUAGAACAAUUCUCCAGAUGCCGCACUUCUGCACCUGCACAGAGGAUUGACAAAAGUCAAAACAAGAGUCUAUAUAGCAUCUUUAAAUCUCCGGCUAAAACUUAACUUCUUUCUGCAAGAUCUUGUUCCAUUAAUCCUCCAAAACAAAUUCUCAUCAUGGAUCAAGACUGUGUGUCCAACCUUGCCAAACGAGGUUUCUCCCAAGCCUCAAUAUUCAAGUUGGACUACGACCAAGCAAAACAAACCUUGCGACAAAGGGUGGACUUUGCUGAAAGGCAAAUGGACUUAGGAAAAGUUCCGUUGUUUCUGGCUCCAGAUACCAUUAGGUAUGUUGUUACUCCUGCCAGAUAUCUUAGCUAGUUGGAGUUGGCAAACUAUCAGAAAGCAUUUUUGCUCACACGUUGCCAAGCUCUUCCAUCGGCCGUCCUGUACAGCAAGUAUAAAAAAAUAUCAGUGACUGAAAAACACUGUUCCUGUGGCUCAGGAGUGGUGGAAACUGUGGGUCACAUACUCCUUCAAUGUUCCUUUUAGAGAGAUUCAGAAAAAAACAUAUCUUUCUAAUUGAUAGAUAUCCUGGCCCUUCUGACACUCUUAUCUCCAGUGGCUGCUUAAGGACAAACAGUCCAAAAUUACAGCACAGGUGGUUAGAUUCUGUGCAGUUGCACUAGGGAUUUGUCGGAAACACGCGUCAAACCCACCAUAGCUAUUUUAUACAACAAAUACGGCAAAUCCUUUGCACUGCUUGUUCCUUUCCCUUUUUAGUAAUAAACUGACUACGGGCCAUACAGUUUAUGGACUGUGAUUUUACAAUAGCUAGACCAUGUAUAAUUGACAGACUGGAUUUUAUCAAAGAUUUUAUAUUUUAUUUAUUAUUUUAUUCUAGAAUUUUAAUUGUAUAUUUAUUUGCUCUGAUCUCUGAUCUAUCACUGAAAAAAAAUCUACUUCUACAUAAUACAUGACAACCUACAAGCCAAUGUAAACCAUAUAGUAGUAGAUAAUAAAUAGCGAUAUAGUGACAGUUCAGAUAACUAUAUUUAAAUGUUUUUAUGAAUGAGAAAUAAUAUACAUAGUGAUUAUCUACAUAAGAGGCAAAGUAAUUAAAAUCUAUAAAUAGUAUUAUUAAUGCCAGAAACAUAUAUGAAACAGAUUAAUAAUUCUUCGCAAGUAACAUGGUAAAAUAUCAUUCCAACUUUUCUAAGAACUGUACUGAAUUGUUAGAAAAAAUCUAUUUUCUGCUAGAAGUCAGCAAAUAAUAAAAAAUGUAACAGUAUUACUUGCAUACUAAUUACUUGCAUACUAAUUACUUGG